AACACACAUCGUUCAAUUCAUAAGAUAUCAUCAUAUCAUAAACUCCCUCACUGCUCUGAUUAAAUCCCUCCCUCCCUGUCAUUUGGAAAUUGGGGGACUGAGAGGACAUAAUGAACAAUAAUUUCUUUCAGCUUGGCACUGGAAAAGCCAUGCGAAGAUUUCUCUGCAUCUGCAAUGAAACACGAAAAUUCACGAAUUCUCUUGCAUUCCCUUCAUCCUUAGCUUAUAGUUCUACUACUUUGAAUCAUUUUCAUAGCAUUGGAGACAGUAACUUGAAUUGGGACCAAACCCCAGGUGGAACCAAAACCAAUGGUGACAUAGCCUUUGCUCUCGUCCACUUCAUUCGAACCGCCACUGACCUGGGCAGUCACUCAUUCGGACAACAGCUCCACAGUCAUGUCUUACGUUCUGGCCAUUGCUCACAUGCCUAUGUCUUCUCUUCCCUCAUCAGAUUCUAUGUCAGCAUGCACUCUUUCAGUGAUGCCCACACACUGUUUGUUGAAAAUCCUCAACCAAACGUUGUUUCUUGGAACACUUUGAUUUCUGGGUAUGUCCAUGCCGGCCAGUUUCGAGACGCGUUGUCGGUUUUCACGCGCCUAGAAAGGUCCCACAUUUGUGAUGCUGAUGCAUUCUCCUUCACCUCUGCUCUGGCUGCUUGUGCACAGCUUAGUCUGUUGAAUCUGGGAAGCUCAAUUCAUGCCAAGAUGGUGAAAUUGGGCAUGGUUGGUGGCACUGUUGUUGCAAAUUGCUUGAUUGACAUGUAUGGGAAAUGCGGGUGUGUUGAACAUGCUGUUAGGAUAUUCUCUGAGAUCAUUGAAAAGGAUGUUAUUUCUUGGAACUCUGUCAUAGCAGCAAGUGCAAACAAUGGGAACAUUGGACUCGCAUACAAGUUUUUGCACCUCAUGCCCUGCCCUGAUACUGUUUCCUAUAAUGGGCUCAUAAAUGGCAUUGCUCAGCUGGGGAAAAUUGAAGAUGCUGUUCAGAUUUUGUCAACUAUGCCGAAUCCAAAUUCGUCUUCAUGGAAUUCCAUAGUUACUGGGUUUGUGAAUAGGAAUCAAGCUAGGGAAGCUUUGGACUUGUUCAGUAAGAUGCACUCAAGUGGUGUGCAGAUGGAUGAGUUCACAUUUUCAAUCAUUUUAAAUGGAGUUGCUGGUCUUUCAGCGGUGAAGUGGGGGAUGCUGAUUCAUUGUUGUGCGGUGAAAUGUGGUGUAGAUGCAUCUGUAGUUGUUGGGAGUGCCCUGAUAGACACGUACUCAAAGUGUGGGUGUGUUAACGAUGCUGAAUCAAUCUUCCAUGAACUGCCUUACAGGAAUCUGGUAAGCUGGAACACAAUGAUAUCUGCCCAUGCUCGCAAUGGUAAUUCUCCCAAAGUUAUCCAACUCUUCGAGUUGCUGAAAACGGAAAGAGAUACAAAACCAGACAGUAUUACAUUUCUUAACGUUAUAUCAGCAUGUUCACAUAGCCAAAUACCAUUUGAGGUUGCUAUCUGUUACUUUGAAUCUAUGGUUAAUGAUUAUGAGAUUGCACCAUCUAUUGAGCACUGUUGUUCAAUGAUUCGGCUCAUGGGGCAAAAAGGAGAGUUGAGCAGAGCAGAAAGGAUGAUACAUGAACUUGGUUUUGCGUCAUGUGGAGUGGCUUGGAGGGCUUUGCUUGGUGCUUGUGCAACCCAAGAAGAUUUAAAAGCAGCAGAGAUUGCAGCUGCUAAGGUGAUUGAGUUGAAGAGCAGUGAAGAUUAUGUUUAUGUGAUAAUGUCCAAUAUGUAUGCAUCUUUUGGAAGAUGGGAAGAUGUGAAUGCAAUCAGAGGUAUCAUGAAUGCGAAAAGAGUUAGGAAAGAAGUGGGUUCUAGUUGGACGUAAAUUGAUAGCUUUAUCCCACAUAUAUCCACAGCACAAAACCAUGUGUCACUGGGAUUUUCAAAAUGAUGAAUGAAGGAUUGCUUUCAGUUUU